GGUCACUGCUCCACACAACCAGAGCUGAACGAUCCAGCAAAAAACUCCCGUCUAAUCAUGAACAGCAAACUUGUGGCUGUCCUGGCUCUUUUCCUGAUUUCAGCGGCUGUGUCUCAAGGUAGGACCCUGGCACGGAUGGGAACCGAGCUGCGGUGCCAGUGCAUAGCCACUCAUUCGAGGUUCAUCCCUCCUAAAUCCAUUCAAGACGUGAAGCUGACACAGAGCGGCCCCCACUGCAAGAACGUUGAAGUCAUAGCUACUCUGAAGGAUGGCAGAGAAGUGUGCUUGGAGCCCACUGCUUCCUGGGUACAGCUGAUCGUAAAGGCAAUUCUGGCCAAGGCUCAGUUGAAUUCUGACUCGCCACUCUGAGAAACACCAGGACAGAAAACCUCUGGGAACUGCUCCUCUGUUGAGAGAAACAUUCAGGAAGAGCACCGUUCGGGCCGUGUACCGUCUUCCACCUCCUGCAUCACUGUUACUAUGUUAAUUAUGGAUUAUGUUAUUUAUGUAUGUAUUUAUUUAUUUAUUUAAUUGCAUGUAUUU